CGAAUUGAAGUGAACUUGGUUCGAAUCUAAUCGAAUCGAUUCCAUUCCUUUCCUUUCUUGUUGUUCGUCUUGUUGUUGGAGCGAGAGAGCGAGCACCGUCGUCUUCUCAUUCCACUACUCAUCCAGGCGGAGGUGGAGGUGGAGGUGGAGGGCGGAGUGGAGAAGCAGCAAAGAAACAAGGCGACGGCCACGAUACCCUAGCCCUAGCUAGCUAUCUUGAAAGCAAAGGAGAUGAGGUGAGGGCGAGGAGGAGCGAUCGUCCCCUUUCUCCGCUCUCCCUUCGGGUGGAUUUGGAUUUGGAUUCAGAUUUGGCUCUCCCUUCGGUUGCUUUGCUUUGCUUAGGGUGGAUUUGGAUUUGGAAUUGGGUUCGGCUCCAAUCCCCCAUCGAUAUCUUCCCCUCCCUCCUCCCUCCCUCCCAUAAGAGGGAUGGCGCGGACGAACUGGGAGGCCGAUAAGAUGCUGGAUGUGUACAUCUACGACUACCUUGUCAAGCGCAACCUGCACGCCACCGCCAAGGCCUUCAUCUCCGAGGGCAAGGUCGCCACCGAUCCCGUCGCCAUCGACGCCCCCGGCGGAUUCCUCUUCGAAUGGUGGUCCAUCUUCUGGGACAUCUUCCAUUCCAAGACCUCCACCACCUCUUCCUCGAAUGCUUCUACCUCCAUCGACAACAAGCCGACUCCGACUCCCCAGCAGCUACAAGCACUACAAGCCGCCGCCCCUUCUUCUCUUGAUCUUGAUGUAGUCAAGUCGAGGGAACACCAGAUGAAGCUCCAAUUGCUGCAGCAACACAACGCCCACCUGCACAGCACAAGAGAUUCAUCUGCCCCAAUUGCUGCCCUCAACUCCGACGUCUCGGCUGUUCUUGCGUCCAAAAUGAUGCAAGACCGACUCAGGAACCCCAACCCUGUCCACUCCGACGCAUCCCAACACCUGCUAGACGCAAAUAGGAUUACCCUUCUCAAGUCACCACCUAACCACGCUGGGCCACCUAUGCAGCAGAUUCAGUCAAGAAACCAGCAACUUGUAGACAUCAAACCUGAUGUUGCUAUGCCACAAAGAACAAUGCCUACGGACCCUUCUUCAUUAUACGGAUCAGGGAUGAUGCAGUCUAAACCUUUAUUACUUUCCUCUGGACUAAAUCAAGGUGUUGGAAGUGUACCACUGAAGGGCUGGCCUCUAACUGUCCCAGGUAUUGACCAACUCAGGUCAAGUAUAGGUGUGCAGAAGCAGUUGAUGCCAUCUUCAAACCAAUUCCAACUUUUAUCACCACAGCAACAGUUGAUUUCGCAAGCACAAACGCAGAAUGACCUUAGUAGAAUGGGUUCUCCAGCACCAUCUGGUUCACCGAAUGUUCGAUCAGAUGAUCCAGAUUAUCUGAUGAAGUUGAAGAUGGUCCAGAUGCAGCAGUCCUCAGGCCACCGGCCUAUUGAAUUGCAGCAGCCGCAUCAGCAGGUGACAAAGAAUCUUUGGUUUUGUAGCUCCUUAUGGCCGAUACUUAACGAGUUUACCAUAUUUCUUGGCGUCCAGAAUACUAGAAAGCGGAAGACAACUUCUUCUGGAGCAGCCAAUAGUACUGGCACAGGAAAUACUGUUGGGCCUUCUCCUCCGUCAACUCCUUCCACUCAUACUCCUGGUGGUGGAGUACCAGUGGCUAGCAAUGUUAACAUUGUACAGAAGAGUUCAGUGAUUUGCGGCGCGGAUGGAACCAGCGGACUUGCGUCAUCGUCAAACCAGAUGGACAAUUUGGAUAGUUUUGUCGAUUUUGAUGAAAAUGUUGAUUCAUUUUUGUCAAAUGAUGAUGGAGAUGGAAGGGACAUGUUUGCUGCUUUGAAGAAAGGGUCCUCGGAGCACAAUUCAGAGUCUUUAAAGAGUCUCUCCUUGGGUGAGGUUGGUAACAACCGUGCAAGCAACAACAAGGUUGUUUGCUGUCACUUCUCUACGGAUGGGAAGUUACUAGCCAGUGCCGGCCAUGAGAAAAAGGUCUUCCUCUGGAAUAUGGAAAAUUUUAAGAUGGAUGCCAAAAUAGAAGACCAUACAAACUUUAUCACGGACAUAAGAUUCAAAACUAAUUCAACUCAGUUGGCUACAUCAUCUUCAGACGGAACUGUUCGACUAUGGAAUGCUGCUGACGAAAGUGGUGCUUUACAAACUUUUCAUGGGCAUAGCUCUCAUGUAACAUCAGUAGAUUUUCACCCGAGAUUGACAGAGGUUCUAUGCUCAUGUGAUGACAAUGGAGAAAUCCGCUUCUGGAAAGUUGGUCAAACUACAACUUCUCAUGCUUUUAGGGUGAAGCAGGGUGGCACUGGAAGAGUUAGGUUUCAACCUCGAAGCGGGCAGCUCCUUGCUGUGGCAGCUGGAAGCAUGGUGAACAUAUUUGAUGUUGAAAAGCAAGCCAAUUUACAUUCUCCUCCAAAGGGUCACAAUAGUGAGGUAAACUGCGUAUGCUGGGAUGAAAAUGGCGAAUAUCUGGCAUCUGCAAGUCAGGACACUGUGAAAGUCUGGUCAGUAGCAUCAGGCAUAUGCAUUCAUGAGUUAAGAUCUCACGGACACCAAUAUCAGUCAUGCAUAUUCCACCCAAGAUAUCCGAAAGUCCUGAUUGUUGGUGGUUAUCAGACGCUGGAGCUAUGGAGCUUAUCAGAUAACCAGAGAAACCCAAUCCAGGCUCAUGAAGGCCUGAUAGCUGCUUUGGCACACUCUCCAUUCACCGGAAUGAUUGCCUCUGCUAGUCAUGACAGAUAUGUAAAGCUUUGGAAAUAGAAGGGUGGGAUUCGAUUCCUUUUGGAAAUCGAUCUACAGGGGCUCUAGCUGGUGCUGGUGCCUUCCAUGACGACCCUAGAUUAUAUAGGAGCAACAAAUGAUGGUACAUUCGGCUGAACGUCACCAAGGUGAUAAUCCUAACUUGCAUAGUCUCUGCCAGAGUUUUUUUUUUCUUGGCCGUUUCCUUUGUUAUAGAAGGCAUAUAUACUUCCCUUGAUAGGCCUAGCUACCCUUCCCUUAAUAAGCUAUGUAUUGUACUCGGCGUUGAACAGCAUCAAUUCUUGUUGUAUUAUACUCCACAGUAGUAGAGAAAUGUUUAACGAUCAAACUUGAAAAGGGGGUAGAUGUAAUGCGUCUGGAUGGAGUGAUAUCUCAGAAUUUUAUUUUCUUUUUUCCAUGGAAAUGCAUGCAUGCACGAAUACAAUUGAUGGAUGUC